UCUACCGCCAUUACUAAUACAAUAAUACCAACAUUUACAUUACACGACCCAACUCAUACGAAUUGCUCAUUCCUUCUUCAUCUUCUUCUUUAAUUUCCAUCUCUUUAGUCUUAAUCCUCUAUUUUAAUUACAUUUUCCUUUUUAUUUUUACUGAUUUAUAUUUUUACUUCAUACAUAUUUACAUACAAAAACAACCAUACUUACUGUAAUUUUGUUGUUGUUGUUGUUGUGAUUCAAAUUUUUUCCGUGACGCUCUCUAAUUCGGUUUCUCGAUCUCUCCAAUCGCGUGUUGAGCUGGUUUUUAGUCUGUUUAUUUUGUCAAUUUAAGGUAAGCAAUGAAAUGAUGAAUCAAGGAGUUAGUAUGCAGACUGUAUCUUCUGUCGAUUCGAAUUCACUUGAGACUCGAUAUUCUGUUGAUGCAAGCCAACCACAUGCUUCGUUAUAUUAUUCAUCCACAAGUGGGCAGCCUGAAGCUGUUUCUUGGACCAUGCAUAGGGUAGAUAACUGCUCUGCAGAGAAUGGAACUCCGUCCACAUCCACUUUUCAUCUGGAUCAGUCAGUAGAGCCUCCCACAAAAAAUAUCCAGAAUAACCUGAAUGCAACUUCUCUUGCUUGCUCAUCGAGUUUGGGGGCAGCAAGCACCUCACAAGAAUAUAGUAGCUUUGCAUCAUAUUCUAAUGCUACAGAUCCGUAUGGUUAUGCAAGCACGGGAUAUCCAGGGUACUAUAGUAACUAUCAACAGCAACCUAACCAUUCUUACUCUCAGCAGCAGCCCAACCAUGCAUACUCCCAACAGCAGACCAACCAAGGAUACUCUCAGCAGCAGCCAAACCAAGGAUACUCUCAGCAGCAGCCCAACCAAGGAUACUCUCAGCAGCAGCCCAACCAUGGAUACACUCAGCAGCAGCCCAACCAUGCAUACUCUCAGCAGCAGCCUAACCAAGCGUACUCUCAGCCUGUAGGAGCAUAUCAAAACUCAGGUGCUCCUUAUCAGCCUCUUUCCUCAUUUCAGAAUACAGGGUCUUAUUCUGGGACUUCAAGUUAUUCAGCCACUUAUUACAAUCCUGGUGAUUAUCAGACAUCUGGAGCUUACCCGAGUAACGGAUACAGUAAUCAGACUACACCGUGGAACGAUGGGAAUUAUGCAAACUAUACAACUCAGCAAUAUUCAAACUACACUCCAGACACAACAAGUGCAUAUAGUUCUACGAGCGCAGCUGCGACUUCAAUGAAUUACCAACAGCAGUACAAGCAAUGGGCAGAUUAUUACAAUCAAACAGAAGUAACUUGUGCACCUGGGACAGAACAUUUGUCUGCUUCUAGUGCAGCAAACCAGGGAACUUCAUCCUCUGGUCUUACUUCUGGGUAUCCAAAUUCCAACGGCCAGCCUCCCUUAUCAUUCACACCCUCUUGGAAUCCAGAAUCCACUCCAUCUGAGUUGCCUUCUGUGCAGGCUGCAGGAGCAACUGGUGGUGCUCAUGAUAGCUACUGGUCUUCGACUUUUCAAAAUCACAAUGUUAGUCCUAUGCAACCACACUUUCAAAAGUCUUUGGAUCCAACAUCUUAUGACAAUUUUCAGGAACAACAGAAAACUGUUUCUCAAGCCCCUAUUACGCAAUAUCCUGCACAUCAGGUGUCCCAACAUUAUCAACCUUCUAUACAAUCAUUUCCGUCGCUUGAUACAAGAAGAGUAAGCAAAGUGCAGAUUCCUACAAAUCCUAAAAUUGCUUCAAAUUUGGCUCUGGGUUUAUCAAAAACCGAUAAGGAUUGUUCUAUACCCGGUGCAGCAGCAAAACCUGCUUAUAUUUCUGUCUCUAUGCCAAAGCCAAAUGACAAAUCAGUGUCUAAUGAUGCAGCUGAUGGCAUGCUUAAGCCUGGUGUGUUCCCCAAUUCAUUGCGCUUUUAUGUUGAAAAGGCUUUGAAACGCUGUCGAGAACAGUGUAAAAAUGACCCUCAAACGAAAGUUUGUCAGGCCAUGAUGAAGGAGAUCAUUUCCAAGGCAACUGCUGAUGGUACACUUCACACUCGAGAUUGGGAUAUGGAGCCUCUUUUUCCGUUACCAAACACUGUUUUUUCUGACAAGGAGAGUUCACAAUCUUCAAGUCCUGUUGCUUCAUUACCAAAGUACAAAAGGAGCCCAAACAGAAGGUCCAAAAGUAGGUGGGAGCCUUUACCUGAGGAGAAAUUAGCUGAAAAGCCCGUUUCAGUCGGUAAUGCUGAUGUAAUAGGUGGUGUCUGGGGUAGAAAGCCUUUAAGUGGGAAUUCUGAGAGCAAGGCUGAUGCUUUCAGUAAUAUUAAGUUCUCCUUACCACAGCAUAAAACUUUUAGUAAAAGUGCCCAGAGGCCAUUGAAGAAGCAACGCCUUCUCGACGGUGUUAAUAAUGCUGAAAAUGGCGAUUCAUCAAGUGAUAGUGAUAAGGAACAAAGUUUGACGGCUUAUUAUUCUGGUGCAGUAGCACUUGCAAAUUCACCAGAGGAAAAAAAGAAACGUGAAAGUCGCUCAAAGCGAUUUGAAAGACGGCAAGGGCAUCGGCCAGAAAUUAAUUAUUUCAAACCAAAACAUGCUGGAGCUGGAAGCUUGUACAGUAAACGGGCUAGUGCGUUGAUGCUUAGCAAAAACUUUGAUGAUGGUGGAAGCAGGGCUGUCGAAGACAUUGACUGGGAUGCUCUAACUGUUAAGGGGACCUGCCAGGAAAUUGAAAAACGAUACUUGCGCCUCACUUCUGCACCGGAUCCUUCCACUGUGAGACCAGAAGAAGUGCUAGAGAAAGCCUUGCUUAUGGUUCAAAUGUCUCAGAAAAACUAUCUGCAUAAAUGCGAUCAAUUGAAGUCCAUCCGCCAGGAUUUAACUGUACAGCGAAUACAAAAUCAUCUUACUGUUAGGGUGUAUGAAACUCAUGCUCGGUUAGCAUUGGAAGCAGGGGACUUGCCUGAGUAUAACCAGUGUCAGUCACAGUUAAAAACUCUUUAUGCUGAAGGAAUUGAAGGAUGCCAUAUGGAGUUUGCAGCUUACAACUUACUUUGUGUUAUCUUGCACUCUAGUAACAACAGAGAUCUUGUAUCAUCAAUGUCAAGAUUAACCGAGGAAGCAAAGAAAGAUAAAGCUGUUAAGCAUGCCCUAUCUGUUCGUGCGGCAGUAACUUCAGGAAACUAUGUUAUGUUCUUUAGACUGUUCAAGGGAGCUCCUAACUUAAACACUUGCCUUAUGGAUCUUUGUGUUGAAAAGAUGCGGUACAAGGCAGUAACCUGCAUGUCCCGGUCGUAUCGCCCUACUGUACCUGUUUCAUACAUUGCUCAGGUUUUGGGCUUCUCCACUGUUGGUGAAGGAGAUGAUCAGACGGAGCCUCUAGGUUUAGAGGAAUGUAUUGAAUGGUUGAAAGCACAUGGUGCAUGCCUCAUUACAGAUAACAGUGGAGAAUUGCAGCUUGAUGCUAAGGCUUCAUCAUCUAGUCUCUUCAUUCCGGAACCUGAGGAUGCGGUCUCACAUGGAGAUGCUAACCUUGCUGUAGAAGAUUUUCUCGCACGGACGUCAUUGUAGCCAAGGUGAAUGUAUCUAAAUGUAUUCUAUUGCAUUAGUAAGAGAAUUUGGAAUGUGCAGCCCUUGACAUAAUGUACAACCAGAGGAUAGGUUUUUUUGUGUGCCUGACUGGAAUAUAUAGUUCAAGAACAUGAGGGGGGUUGCCUGUAACCUUAGCGAGGAUAGUGCAGGGAUGUAUAAAAAAAAUGCAACAUGAUGAAAAUAGAGCAAAAUUUCCCCCUUAAAAUAGUUUGCCUAGAAUUGCAUAGGGACAGCCCACUUAGCUAGCACCAGGUGAGAUUAAGAUUUUUGGAGUUUAUUUUUUGUAUUAAACAGUGAUUCAUUCUUUGUUGGGGAAGGAAGAAAUAAUGAGAAAUGGAAAUUGUUGUA